AUGCACCAGAUACAUCCAUUAAAGGGCAAUAUGGGCAUUGGAUCUGUCUACAUUAUUGUUCGGCUGCCACAAGUCUUGAUGGAAAACUGCUGUGGUAGAGCCCACUGUAUAAGCCUUGGGCGGAUUUCAUGGGACAUGGAGCUUCCUCUCUGCCUCAUCCCUCCAGAUUUAAUGGUCUAUAACCCUUCCAGUGACCGCGCAUAUAUCCCUUUUUGCGUUGGAAUAUUUCUCGAAAGUGCUUCCAUGUCUCUUUUUCGGCCCUCAAUAAAUGCACCGGAAAAUUUUUCCAUGAAGGCCCAGGCAAUUAUCAAGAUGCAUGAUGGGGGCGUCUUUCCAAACGGGUAUCUUCUGUGGUAUUUCCGAAGUGUGCAGGGGAAAAAGAUGCUGCUACAGCGUGUGGACAGACAGAUGCUUCGUUCCGGGCACCAAUCAUUGCGUUCGAGGGACAUGGCUACUGGGUUAUUCUUCGACUUCUUUUUUCGGGAGAAAGCCGCGAUAAGUGCCCAUAAGUGGCGGCGCCGGACGAACCGAGGCACAAAGUCCUAUGAAGGUCACUGGCAUCACAUGCCAGGCAGCCAGCAACACCCAGUACCAGAAGGUAUCUUUUCACAGAAGCUCGCGGAAAAGGUACAAAAAUGGCGCCUAUCGACAGGCGUCGCUGUUUGCUCGGGUGGCUUUGUCGCCCUGGCGCUAAACCCUAUCCAACCGGCACCGACCAGUUGCGAUGAAAGCUGA